CUGUGCAGCAGUGUACUGCAGAACCGCCGGCGUUAAGGUGCAAUUUUUGCAAUUGACUCACAGAUUGACUGAUUGAUUGUCAGACUAGCAACGUGUUUUGUGUGAUCCAAAAAAGGCGAUAUUUUAAAGGCUUAUUCUCAUAAUUUAAACCAGUAUGGCCGCGAUGUCAGUUAUAGGUAUUGAUUUCGGCAACGAAUCUUGUUAUGUUGCGGUGGCUAAAGCAGGUGGCAUAGAGACAAUAACUAACGAUUACAGUCUACGGGGUACUCCAUCAUGUGUGGCCUUUUCCCCAAAGAAUCGAAUAUUGGGUGUAGCAGCGAAAAACCAGAUGGUUACAAACAUGAAGAAUACUGUAUUUGGUUUCAAGAGAUUGUUAGGUAGAAAAUUUUUAGAUCCUCAUGUACAGAAAGAGCUAAAACAUUUUCCAUUCAAGGUAGAACAAAGGCCUGAUGGUGGUAUUGGUAUUAGAGUAAAUUAUCUUGGCGAAGACAAUGUUUUUACUCCUGAACAGAUUACAGCAAUGCUGUUAACAAAACUGAAGGAUAGUGCUACCAUAGCAUUACAAACUCAAGUUAAUGACUGUGUGAUAUCAGUACCUAGUUAUUUCACAAAUGCAGAAAGGAAUGCUCUUCUUGAUGCUGCAGCUAUUGCUGGACUCAAUGUGCUGCGUCUAAUGAAUGAGACUACUGCAACUGCCUUGGCUUAUGGUAUUUAUAAGCAAGAUUUACCAGCUCCUGAAGAAAAGCCGAGAAAUGUUGUAUUUGUAGAUUUUGGUCAUAGCUCCCUUCAGGUGGCUGCUUGUGCAUUUAAUAAGGGAAAACUUAAGGUACUGGCUACAUCAAGCGAUCCAUUCUGUGGUGGCAGGGACAUAGAUAUGGCUCUUGCUGAAUAUUUCUGUCAAGAUUUUAUGACUAGACUCAAACUGGAUGCAAGGAAAAAUCAAAGGGCUUUCCUUCGUUUAUUACAAGAAGUUGAGAAACUGAAGAAGCAAAUGUCUGCAAACAGCACCCGCCUUCCAUUGAACAUUGAAUGCUUCAUGGAAGAACGAGAUGUGUCUGGAGAAAUGCAGCGAACACAGAUGGAGCAACUUAGUGCUGAAACUUUCAUUAAAAUCGAAAGAGCUUUGAAAGGCAUACUACAUAAUGCAAAACUAAGACCUGAAGAAAUCAGUUCAGUAGAGAUUGUGGGUGGCUCCACUCGAAUUCCUGCUGUUAAAGGCUUAAUUGAAAAUGUUUUUGGCAAGCAAGCAUCUACUACAUUGAACCAGGACGAGGCCGUGUCCCGCGGAUGCGCACUGCAAUGUGCGAUGCUGAGCCCAGCGGUGCGCGUGCGCGAGUUUAACGUGACAGACGUACAGCCCUACGCCGUGCGCCUCGCUUGGGAUGCCGCUCGCGGUGAAGAUGGCGACAUGGAAGUAUUUUCGCCAUUCCAUGCCGCACCAUUCUCCAAAAUGCUUACAUUCUACAGAAAGGAACCAUUUUCAGUUAGAGCUUACUACACUGAUCAAGUACCCUACACAGAUAACUUUAUUGGGCAGUGGCAUAUUAGAGAAGUUCAACCGACUGCCGAAGGAGAGUCACAAAAGGUUAAGCUCAAAGUACGUGUGAACAUUCACGGCAUCAUCACAGUCGCUUCCGCGUCUCUCGUUGAAAAGAAACAACAAGAUCCGUCACAAAACGAAAGUGUAGAGAUGGAAAAUUCCAAUGAGGCGCAGGGCAAUCAGGAGGCUCCGAUGGAGACCAAUGGAGGCCAAGACCAACAGCAGCAAAACGGGCCCGAGAACCAAGAGGUGAGAGAAGAUGACAUGAAGGAGCCUCAACAAAAACAGUCUUGGACACAGAGAGUAGGACAGUGGUUCAGCGGGGAUAAAUCAAAAGACAAAUCCAAGAAAGUCCUUGUGAAGACAAUUGAACUGCCUAUCGAGGCUCAAACCCAUGGACUUCCUCAACAUGACUUGAACUCCUAUUUGGAACAAGAGGGAAAAAUGCAAGCCCAAGAUCGUCAAGAAAAGGAGCGUGCUGAUGCUAGAAACGCUUUGGAGGAAUAUGUUUAUGAGCUUCGUGGCAAGUUGUCUGAAGGAGAGGUAUUACAUGACUUUGUUCCUGAAGACCAACGCAACCGGCUUGUCAGCCAACUGGAUUCGCUGGAGCAAUGGCUGUACGAUGAAGGCGAAGACCAAAACAGACAAGUCUAUAGCGAGAAACUUUCGGAGCUGCGAACAGAGGGUGAACCUAUCAAGCAGCGACGUCUUGAAUUUGAACUGCGCCCUGGUGCAUUAGAUGACUUUGCUCUCGCUAUUCAGUUAACAAACAAAGCUGUGGAUUUGUUUAGAUCAGGCCAUGCAAAAUACGCGCACCUGUCGGAAGCUGACAUCGGGAAGGUAGGGGAGGCUUGCAAGAAUGCGCUGUCUUGGCUGGAGGGCGCGCGGCAGGCGUUGGCGCAGGCGCCACGCCACCAGCCGCCGCCACACACCACCCACCAGAUCCGCCAGGAGAGACAGAACUUCGAGAGCACCGUGAACCCAAUCCUAAACAAGCCCAAGCCUAAGGAGAAGACUCCUCCGCCCGCUAACCCCACCGCGGGUGAUGGUCAGCCGACCACCGACGGCGCCGCCCCGCGCGAUGACCACAUGGACGUGGAAUGAUCGCGUCCCCUAAACACGCACGGACGGCCGAGUAACAACCGACAAACACUCGCACACAGUAUACGCAAACCAUAGCCACUCACAUACACGCUCCCAUUGCAGCUUAUGCCGAUCGCACAUGUAGUACAACAAACUUGUCUCGUUAAUUACAUUGACAAAUUAAUUACAACCAAUGAUCAGCUGUUCAAAGUGAAAUGUAAAAGUUAGUAGAACGAAAAUUUUUCCGCUUCUUUUUACUAACUGACCCAUGCAACAUGUUUAUUAUCGGUUUUAAUAUCUUAUAAAAUCUAGAUUCUAAUUGCAGCGCCACCUACCGGGUCCAAUUUUAUUUCCAAACAACAUGGUCUAGGUCACAAAAUUGUAGAGAAAAUAUUUCUCAAUAAUUUUGUGUAUAAUAUAUAAAAAAAUUACCAAAAAGUUUUCGUUCUACCAAGGGAUGACCUGUGAUUUUCGGAAUGAAAUG